GCGGCGGCGCUGCGGUCGUCGAGGCCACCCCUCCGGGCGCCGAGGGUGCGUUUGGUGUGUCAGUGCGACACUCACCCCCUGACAAGGAGCACCUCUCUCGCCGGCGCGCCGCUCCGACAAGCACGAGACUCCGCUCUUCACUCGCGCAGCAGCUAACAGGUUGGCGGGGGCAGGGUGCGUGGGGGCCCUGCUGGAGGCCACCAUGAAGAUGAGCAAGGUAGGCAACCAGACCAACAGCCAAGACCCUCAGGCGGUCAACUCGAGGGUCUUCGUCGGCAACCUCAACACAUUCCAGUGCAGCAAGACCGACGUCGAGAGGAUGUUCCAGAGAUACGGACGCAUUGCAGGCAUUUCGAUGCACAAGGGCUAUGCUUUCGUCCAAUUCACAAACCCUUUCGACGCUCGCAGUGCCUGCCUGGGCGAAGAUGGACGGACAGUUCUCGGACAGAUUCUCGAUGUGAACAUGGUGGCUGAGCCCAAGGCGCACCAGACCGGCCGCAAGAGGCAAAACAACGCCAAAACGGGCAACGACUGGGACUACUAUUACGACAGCUACUACGCGAGCGCCGCGUUUGGUUCAGCGGCGCCCGGGGGCGGCACGCGGCUCGUGCCCCCACUCAAACGCCCCCGACUGAUGGUGCCCCCCGGGGCCAGGCCCAUCUUGAAAGCGGCAGUUUCCGCGCAGAAGGCCCCCGCGUCGGCCUCCGUCGGACAACUUAAAACUUACAGCAACCCAGACAUCCUGAUCUGCGGAAAUUGCAGGGAGAUGUUCACCGAGUUGCAGGAGUUGCUUGAGCACAAGAAGACCUACUGCAAGCUACGGUUCACUUGCAAGUGCAGCCUAAUUAAUGGACUUAAGCCAGCUGGCGAGUUGUUCAAUGGGGCAAGUGAGACAGAAGGGUCAGGGGUGGCGUGUCUGUUGUGUGUGCAGUGCAAGGACGCGUUCCACAGUCCCUGGGACCUGAUGGUGCACGUCCAGGCCGCGCACAUGCUCAACAUCUACGAGCUUGGUGUGCCUAACCGAAAGGAGUCUUCAACCUCGCCCCCGCCUCUCCAGGAAACGCCGCCCCCACCGACCGCCGCCGUCUGCCCUUUGGAAACACUCAAUGAUGAUAUGGAGGGAGGUUCUCCAAGGGCUGCGGCCGAGGAGGCGGCCACCCCGCCCGAGGGCGCGACCGUGGCCACAAGCAUUGAAGACUUGGACGACGACGACGACGAGAUGGAAGAGGAACUGCUGAACGAUUUGCACCCUAGGCGCACCAACAACAACAUAAUCGAUCCGAAAGGGACCCUCGAACCCAAAGGACAGCUGGAACAGGCCCACAAGCAGGCCCAGCAGCAGAACUGCAUAGUCAGGGCCGUUCGCCUGAAUGUGAAUUUGUCCGAGGCACUGAAGUCCGAGCCCACUCUGGUGGCCGUGGGAGAGCAGGAGUGAUGGCCUGAGGCCGUCGCUGCGGCCGCCCACACAUAUCGGCCGGUGCGUGAGCGAAUCGAGACAUUCGCUGUGUGAUACUGCCAACCCACCAGGCGGCCAGAAGGCGGCCAUCGAAGGCGGCCACUCCACUCAGUUGUUGCUUCUUUUCUGAAUAGCGCGUCCUUAUUUGGUCAUUUCUGUUUUCUCUGUUUGUUUUUUGUUACCCUCCGUGGAUGAGAAUAUAAAUAAGUAUAGCGGGCGAGGGUGUAUUUCUGUCUCAUUCGCCGCCGCCCGCCCAUAAUUAAUAAAUAUAUUAUCUCUCUUGCUAUUGUUUACCUUUGUACACUUUAAUUAACCGAGCAGCUUCUUCUGUAUUCGAUUAAUAUCAUUAUUGACUAUGUAUUAAUCUGUAUCUUGUUAUUGAGUCUCUCCGCAGUUGAUUAAUUUACCUUUCGAUAAUUAUUACGGAAUUGGAUACCUUGGUCAGUGUACAGAUCUGUAGUCUUUAAUCAAUGUUACCGACAAAAUCUACUCUAAUUAUAAACUGCAAUAAA